GGCCUCACGGCUGCACCGUGCCAAUAGGCAGUAGCGGUCUAAAGGCCGUCUAUCUAUGUGAUGUAUGUGGUUUCGCUCGCUCUACAGCAGUCACACAUGAGUGAGAUUUCCUUUUAGGACCACAAUUUAGCAAUAAAUGCUGGACUACUCCCAUCAAGUGAUGAUUAUGAAAAAACAGUGAGAACAUGAAUGUUCAAGAACCUUGCAGAAUAAAACAUGAAGAUACUGAAGAACAAAGAGACAUGAUGAAAGAGAACAAGGAGAGUGAAGAAAUCAGUGAAGCAGAAGAAAAAAAUGUCAAAACUAAAGAAAGUUGCUCACAAACUGAAAGUAGUUUUGAACUGAAAAAAGAAGCCAAAAAAUCUUUCACUUGCCCUCCUUGUGGAAAGAGUUUUCCAUACAAGAAAAGUCUUAAACUUCACAUUAGGAUUCAUAGCGGAGAGAAGCCUUUCUCAUGUGAUCAAUGCGGGAAGAGUUUCACACUAAAAGGAAACCUUAAGAAACACACGGCAAUCCACACUGGAGUGAAGCCACACACAUGCGAUCAGUGCGGGAAGAGUUUCUCACGAAAAGGAAACCUUAAAGAACACAUGAAGAUCCACACUGGAGAGAAACGCUACACAUGUGAUCAAUGUGGGAAAAACUUUGGUGAAGCAGAUGAACUAAAGGUCCACUUGAACGUUCAUUCAAAAGAGAAGCCUCACGCGUGUCCUUUGUGUGGAAAAAACUUCAGUCGGCUGCUUGCUUUAAAAUUACACCUGAAAAGACACAGCGGUGUGAAGAAUCACAUGUGCUUUGACUGUGGAAAGACCUUUUUUAAAAAUGUUGAAUUGAAAAAGCACCAGAGGAUCCACACUGGAGAAAAACCUUACAAGUGUUCACACUGCGACAAGAGAUUCAGCCAGUUGGGAAACAUGAAAACUCAUGAGAAGACACACACCGGAGAGAAACCGUACGCAUGUGAUCAGUGCGGGAAGAGUUUCACACAUAAAGGAUCCCUUAAUGAUCACAUGAACAUCCACACUGGAGAGAAGCCGUACUCAUGUGAUCAGUGUGGGAUGAGUUUCAAACAUGUCAGUGCUUUUAAAUCACAUCUGUAUUCUCAUUCUGGAGAAAGAAAAUAUUUCUGUGAUCAGUGUGGGAAAAACUUUUUUGGGGCAGAUACCCUGAAGAAGCACCUGAAAGUUCACGCGAAGGAGAAGCCUUACGUGUGUUCUUCGUGUGGAAAGAAUUUUAAAUGGCCGGGCGCUUUUAAAAUACACCAGAAAAUACACACCGGUUUUAAAGCUCAUGCAUGUGUCGAGUGUUUGAGGACGUUUGCUACUCCUAACAAAUUGAAACGACACCAGAGGAUCCACACUGGAGAAAAACCUUACAAGUGUUCACACUGCGACAAGAGAUUCAGCCAGUCACAACAUUUGAAAGCGCACGAGAGGAUCCACACCGGAGAGAAGCCGUAUCACUGCCGUGCAUGUCGGAAGAGUUUCGCUCAAUUAGCUACUCUACUCACCCAUAGUAAAAACAGUUGUCCGAGGUCAAGAACAAUGACAGAGAUCACAGUUACACUAGCAGAAGAUGACAUUGAGGAGUGGAAAGUUCUUCAUGAUGCUGAAAAACAAAGAGACCUGAUGGAAAGUGAAGAACUGAAUGAAGUGGAGGAGAAAAGUCAUGUCAAUACUGGAGAAAAAUCUCUGAGUUGGAAAUAAUUUUUUACUAAAAUGAAGAG